AUGUUCGUUCCCGGCAAUGUCGCCGGCACAUCAGGCUACGGACAGCAGCGCCAACUGCAAGCACAAAUGCUCGUAUUGCCACGAUCCUUUCGAGUCCAAGAACAAGCGCUCUUCACCCACCUGCGGAACUCCGACUGCUCGAUCCAAGCCGCCGCUGAUGGUUUGAAGAUCACCAAGAAGCAGGAACGAGUCGCUCUCAUCCUUGGGGUGGCCUGUGCCGACUGGAGGGCACUGCUCUGGCGUGCCCUGGAUGCUGCGCGUGGGGAGGGAGUCUCAUCUUAUGCUGCCUCAGACGGGCCGCCCGGAGCUGCUUUUGCAUCAGAUCGGCACGGUGGCGAUCAGGACUUGCCAAAGGCUUGUGAUGUGCUGAGCUUAACGACGGAAGUGGUGUCGGAGGAGGAGCGGCAGGCGUGGUGUGACAAGGCCAAUGCAGCCCUGCCCGAGGACAUGCGCAUUUUCGGCCGCUCUGGCCCAAUGCCUCCAGACUGGCAUGCUGAGAGGGGCAUCGUUCGAAGAUACUUUGCAUGUCUCUUGCCGAUGCGGCUGCUGUUGGUCAACGGCGACGUGGAUUCGGAGGAUCCGGAAGUCGAGUCGGUGAAGGAUGGUCCAGAAAGCGGCUACAGCGCAUUCCCGGCAAUCGCAGCGAGACAACAGCACGCAAAAAAGAGCCAUCAAGCUGGUUGGGGCGACAGCACAGACGGCGAGAAUUUGUUGGGCAACUUCUUCCGUUUGAAGGAGAUCCUACGCAAGAUGCAAGGCGAGCAUCUUUUUCAUAACUUCUCGGAGCUCCCGCUCAAGCCCGGCGACACGAUUGCCAGACGCUUCGUGUACCGCUGCCGUGCUAUGGUGGAUCCAGCAACUGGCGUAGCUGGUUUUCAUGCGUCUGCAGACAGCCUGGUAAGAGGCCAGCUCCGCGCAAUGUCUGGCUUGGCCGUUGCCCUGCAACAUGGUCUAUUGCCAGACCGAUACUUGGACGUCGCCUUCAGCGAGGAUCAGCUUCUUCCGGUUCCCCGACUCCCGACAGGCACGGAAUUUCAGACAGAAUGUAUUUACAGAAAAGACUUUCACCACCUCCUUCAGCCGUUCUUCAAGUGCGAGGAAGCAGCAAAGUUCCGCCGGAAGGUUGAAGACAGGAUUGCAGAGGUCGUUCUCAGUGGCACAUUUGAGAAAUGGUUCCAGGACGAGUUGGUUCCCAGCACUGCUAAUCUGGCACUACUCGGUCCACCUGGGCAGACUCUUCCGAGAGAGAAGGCAGCUCGGAGUUCGGGGUACACAGAAGUCCUUCGUUUACUACGUGAAGCUGAAAAAAGUGGGAGGUGGCCGCCGUGUUCAAAGGGCAGGGAAAAGGUCAUCAAAGAUUCCACUCUAGCAGAACACGGAGGUGCCGGUGGUUCUUUCAGCGUGGGCUCGAUGCCAGAUGGUCUGGAUGCUCCGAAUGGAAACCGUUUGUUCCCAGAGUUAGCGAAAUGCGCUUUCCAGCUGGAACGGGUUCUGCGUCCAGACCGCAGAAGCAGUACUAUCGUCCGGAUCCCAGUGGGCUUCAAGGGAAGUGCCGGUCCUGUUGCUGUAAAUCCGCAUUCGCAGCUUUAUGCUGCAAAAGCUUGUGGUCUUAGCUUGAGUCUUGUGUAA